AAUGUGCAAGUGGGAGGAGAAUUUCCAGCAAGCGAGGAAAUCAAAAAUAAACCCCCUCGUGUCCAGGAGAGUAGAAAGUAUAAAAAGGCCCGAUGCGUCCGGAGCGCAGCGGUGCAGCUGAGUGCUCCAGGAGGACAGACAGACAGACUGGGAUUCAGACACGGACUGGCUCCACGGCACUGGAAAAAAAAUCAUCACCGUGUUUGGAUUCCUAAACGAGUGGAACAAAGACGCGCCAUCAGAAUAAACGCUGCUGAUUUUUGACGCACUGCCGACUGCAGAAGAUGUUUUGCAGUAGGUGUGUUAUCGUUUUCUCCCUGUGCGUAAUCACCGCGGCACUCUCCACUCCGUUUCAGUCACAGGAUGUUGUACCUGUCCGGAUAAACGCGAGAACCAGCCGUCGGUUUUGGAAGAGGAGCGAGGAGCAUCCGAGAUUUAUCCUCAGUGCGUUUGGCCAGGAUUUGACUCUGAACCUCAUCCCCGACACCAGCUUCAUUGCGCCUUCCUUCAGCGUACAGCGCGUCAAAGCCAGAGAUUUGGACGUUUUACGCAGCGCUCAGCGGUCCAUGAACGCGGAUCUUCGCGUAUUCAUGAAUCAGACUGAUGAGAGCGAAGGCCUGCUGAGGAGCUGUUUCUACUCAGGGAGCGUGGACGGCGACCUGAACUCCGUGGUCGCAGUCAGUUUGUGCUCCGGCAUCUUUGGUUCAUUCAUAACGGACGGGAAAGAGUAUUUCAUUGAGCCCAGAGUGCGCGGCGGUCUGGGGCCGGACUCAACCCAGCUUCCCCACGUCAUUAAAAGGAGAACAUUCCACCCGUUUGAGCGCAUGGCGGAGGAGAGCCGCGCGGAGGAGCACCGGGGGGAGACUUUUACGCACGGCAAUGAUGACGCACGGAGGGUUCCUCGGCUGCGACGCUUUGUUUCCGCGCCACGGUUCAUCGAGACUCUGGUGGUGGCAGACUCAUCCAUGACCCACUUCUAUGGGGAUGAAAUAAAGCACUACAUUUUGACGCUGAUGUCGAUAGCCGCCCAGCUUUACAAGCAUCCCAGCAUAAAGAACUCAGUCAACAUGGUGGUGGUGAAGAUCCUGGUAGUGGAGGACGAGGAGGUUGGCCCACAGGUUUCAAGCAAUGGAGGCGUGGCUCUGAGGAACUUCUGCGUGUGGCAGCAGUUUUUCAAUCCACCAAGCCACAGGCAUCCAGAGCACUACGACACAGCCGUGCUCUUCACCAGAGAGGACAUCUGCGGACAAAACAGCUGUGACACCUUGGGUGUGGCUGAUGUUGGAACGAUGUGCGAUCCCAAGAGAAGCUGCUCCGUUAUUGAGGACAGCGGCCUACAAGCUGCCUUCACAGCUGCACAUGAACUCGGUCAUGUGUUGAGUAUGCCACAUGACGACUCUAAGACCUGCGAGAAGCUGUUUGGAGCACUGGGAGCACAUUACCUAAUGGCCCCUCGCUUUGUCAGGCUUAACAAGAGCUCGCCUUGGUCACCAUGCAGCGCACUCUACAUCACCGAGUUCUUUGACAGCGGACAUGGGGACUGUUUGCUGGACAUGCCGGACAGCACCAUGCCAUUGCCGGGAGAGCUGCCGGGCACCAAAUACAGCUUGGACCGACAGUGCCAGCAGAUUUUUGGAGAGGAGUUUCUCCAUUGCCCCAACAGCUCUGACAGCGAUGUCUGCAGCCAGCUGUGGUGUCAAGAGGACGGCCAGCCGCACUGCACCACUAAGAACGGCAGUUUACCCUGGGCGGACGGCACCCCCUGCAGCCUCAACCAGACCUGCCUCCAUGGGGUGUGCAUGGAAACUCAGGAGGUGAUGCAACCAAUGGUGGCCCUAGACGGCGAGUGGAGCUCAUGGGGGCCGUGGCAGCAGUGUUCCCGAACAUGUGGAGGAGGCGUGGAGUUCUCCUAUAGAGAGUGCACAAACCCUGUGCCUGAGAAUGGAGGAAAAUACUGCGAGGGCCAGCGAGUUCAGUACCAGUCCUGCAACACGCAGCCCUGCGACAACAACGGAAAAAGUUUUCGAGAAGAGCAGUGUGAGAAAUACAACAACCCAAACUUCCUGGAUCACAACGGCAGUGUGAAACAGUGGAUACCCAAGUACACCGGCGUUUCUCCACGAGACAGAUGUAAGCUGUUCUGCAGAGCCAGAGGUAGCAGCGAGUAUAAGGUGUUUCAAUCCAAGGUCAUCGAUGGGACGACUUGUGGGCCCGACACCACAUCUGUGUGUGUCCAAGGACAGUGUGUGAAGGCCGGAUGCGACCAGGUGAUCGGAUCCAACAAACGACUGGAUAAGUGUGGGCUGUGCGGAGGAAACGGUCUGAUGUGCCGAAAGAUCACAGGCUCCUACAACAAAGCAACCUAUGGAUACAGUGACAUCGUCACGAUUCCCGUCGGUGCGACUAACAUCGACAUCAAACAGCGGAGCAACAAAGGAAUCAAACAUGACGGCCACUACCUGGCCGUGAAGCGAGAGAGCGGCGCUUACAUCCUUAAUGGUAACUUUUCUGUGUCCACGGUGGAGCAGGACAUUCCUGUGCUGGGCGCUGUGUUGAAGUACAGUGGCUCUUCCACCACGCUGGAACGGAUCCAGAGCUUCCGGCAGCUCAAGGAGGCCAUCACCGUCCAACUGCUGGCCACCGCAGGAGACGCCAACCUUCCAAAGAUCAAAUACAGCUUUUUCAUUCCCAGAGAUGCCACCUUCAGUAAAUCAAAGGAGAAAAAAGCGCUGUUGCCUUCUUUGCAUAUGAUUCAUCCCUUUGGCAUGCCUGACUGGGAGUUGGGGGAAUGGUCAGACUGUUCCAAGACCUGUGGCUCUGGAUGGUCCAGGAGGAAUGUGGAAUGCAGGGACAGCGCAGGUUUCUUCUCCAGCCAGUGUGACAAAGACCUGAAGCCCACUGACAUCAGGCCCUGUGCGGAUCUGCCCUGCCCCUUGUGGCAGAUGGGGCCUUGGUCCGCUUGCUCACGAACUUGUGGCCAGGGGGAACGCCGUCGCAGUGUCUUCUGCACAGACUACACAGGGAAAACUGUUGAGCCAGAGAAGUGCGAUCCGAAAAGAAUGCCACAGUCUGUUUCUGGGGAAUGUCUCAACCAAGAGUGCUUAUGAAGAACAUAAGCUUCUGAAAACAAACUUUUAACAAUUCCCUUUUGAGUCUGACUGCACUUAACAACCAGUUGCUUUGAGUCACAUCAAAGGCAUUUGCUUUAAUAUUUGUUUUAUUUGACAUUUGACAACCACUAAUGGAAUUUGAAAAAAAAAAAUGGAAAUCUACCUCAGGAUGUACAU